AUGGACGAAACGCCCUUCGUGUUCCGGUCCGCGGGGGAGGCGGCGAUCCCCGCGGUUGCGGGGCUGGACUGCAUGCAGCUGGUGGACGGGAGUUUCGGCUUCGUGGCGACCUACCGGAUCCCCGCGGAGAGCGCGCGGGAGAUCAUCGCGCACGCGAAGACGUCGCUGGCGCUGUUCCAUUCCCGCGGGGACAGCCGGACGCUCCCGCGGUUAGUGGGGCGGCCGCCGUUUUUGGGCGGGAAAUACGACGUGGCGCUUCGCUUGGCGCUCGCCGAUCUUCGCCGAAACGCCCUCUACCGCGACGACCCCGCGGGACUGAAUUUCCCGCGGUUUGUGGUGGCGCAGCGGGACGUGGAGCGCUGGGCGAAGCGCGGGUUGGGCGCCCGCGCUUCCCUGCUUCGCUCGCAGUUUUUGGCGGGAACGCGCUGGCGGGUCGGCGAAGCGGUGCCGGUCCCCGCGGGACUGCUGCUUGUGUUCAACUGCAACCCCGCGAACAUUUCCCGCCUCGCGGACCGCGGUCCCGCGGCCAAGUCUCCCGAGGUGGAAACGUGGAAACAGCUGUGGGGGGAUCGGAGCGAGCUGCGGCGUUUCAAAGACGGCAGCAUCGUUUACACGAACCUGUGGAGCUGCCGCCCCGGCGAAAACCAUCUGAUCCCCGUGGAAAUCGUCCGGUACGUGCUCUCGCUGCACACUUUCGCGGUUAUCGAGCUCAAGUGUCUCUCCGCGCCCCUCCAGGAAUGGAUUCCCCGCGGGACCGUAGAGGCGGAGAUCCCCGCGGAACUGCUCCGCGACAUCAUGGAGACCGCGAACUCGCACAACAAAACCGCGGGAAUCGACUACGGCGCGCACAUCGCGUCCAUCGAUCCCGCUUCGUCUUCCCUCCUCGGCGCCGCGCUCUUCCCCGCGGAACCCCACCCGCUCCUCCAGACCGGCGUCGCGGCGGCCCCGCGGGUGACCCGUCUGCUCCCCGCGGGGAAGUGGGUGAUGCGCAUGCAGGGCGCGACGAACCUCCCCGACGACCCCGCGGCGCUGCAGCGCGUGAAAACGCUGUGGUUCUCCUCGCUGGCGGCGCUGUGGGAUCCCACGCUUUCGCUCACGUGCAGAUUGGCCAAAAAAGGACUCGACUGCGUCGCCACGCAAACCUCCCUCGAUCUCGUUUACCGCGGGAGACUGCACCGAUUCCUCGCGUGCACCGACCGCGAGGCCACGCUCCUCCCGCGGGUCUACCGCGCCAGGCCGCAGAUCCGCGGGGAAAUCGUGGAAUUGUUGGUGGCGCCGCCGCACUGCGCCGCGGUGAAAAACGCCGCGCUGCAGAACCCCGCGUUCCUCCCCGCGGUUCGCACGCUGCGUCUGUGGGCGGACUCGCAUCUGCUGUCGGCGGCGUGCCCCGCGAUGAUCACCGAGAUGAUCAUGAUGGCCGUGCUGACUCCUUCCACCGCAGCGCUCAACCCCGCCGUGGCCUUCGUGCGCACGCUGGAGCUCAUCGUGGGCUUCGCGUGGCACUCCGACGUGCUCUUCGUCGAUCCCACCGGGAGUUUCACCGAAUCAGAGAAACGUGGAAUUCUGCAGGAGAUCGAAAUCGUGCGCGCGCAACCCUCCGAGAAACGCGCGCUGUUCAUCGUGGCGCCUUAUGAUCGAACCUCCAUCUGCACGGUUGAAACGCCCGACAAGCCGAGCUGGGCACACGUUCAAAUUGUUGCGCAGCGCACGCUGCAGAAGCUGCAAGCUGAUUGGCUGACGCUCGGCGAUGAAACGCCCUGCUUCACGCCGCGGUACAGCGACUUCGACUUCGUUAUCACGCUGAACGACGUGUAUUUGACGCCGUUCCCGCGGGGAAUGAAGUUGGUGUGUGACAACCAUGAGUCCCGCGGGGCGGCGUAUGAGUGUGAGGGAUCGAAGAAUUUAAUGUUGGACCGGUCGCGGUUCCUGGUCGGGUACGAGCCGGAGCGCGAGUUGCUUCGCGCGGUGCAGGAGGAAGUGGGAAACGGCGGCGUGGCGAUGAUGAACACGGCGUUCGGGCGGAAAAUCGGAGUAUCGUGGAAACCGAGUUACUUUUUGCCGAUGAAACUGUCGAUGGGAAAUGUACGGGACUGCUGCCCGGUGAAGAUGGGGGAGGACGUGCUGCUGGUGCGCGAUGUGUUCGAUUUGAUGCGGAGAAUCCGAGCGAAGCUGGGAAACGCGGUGAAGUCGAUUGAUUUUUAG